AGCCUCGGGUGGAUAAUGGAUGCCGCCCCAUUGCCUGCAGGGGCCUCUGUCCUUUAUCCCAGGGACGCACCAGAGAUUUUCCGCCGCGCGGACAAAAAUGACGAUGGGAAGCUGUCCUUGGAGGAGUUCCAGCUCUUCUUUGCAGAUGGCGUCCUCAACGAGACGGAGCUGGAGGGUCUCUUCCACACCAUCGACUCCGACAACACCAACCACGUGGACACCAAGGAGCUGUGUGAUUACUUUGUGGACCACAUGGGGGACUAUGAGGACGUCUUGGCCUCCCUGGAGACCUUGAACCAUUCUGUCCUGAAGGCCAUGGGCUACACCAAGAAGGUGUACGAGGGAGGAAGCCAUGUGGACCAGUUCGUGACCCGCUUCCUCCUGAAGGAGACGGCCAGUCAGAUCCAGUCGCUGCUGAGCUCCGUGGAGAGUGCGGUGGAGGCCAUUGAAGAGCAGACCAGCCAGAUCCGCCAGAACCACGGCAAGCCCGGCCCUGGCGUGGUGCAGACCUGGUAUGGAAGCCCCAGUGCCCCCUGCGGCCCCAGCCACAAGCUCAUGGCCACAGAACGAGAGAGGAGCGUGCCUUCUGUCACCUCGGACCCCAAGGAGGAGGGCCUGGAAGCCCAGAUCAGCCGUUUGGCAGAGCUGAUAGGACGGCUGGAGAGCAAGACCCUCUGGUUUGACCUGCAGCAGCGCCUCUCAGAUGAAGACGGCACUAACAUGCAUCUGCAGCUGGUCCGGCAGGAGAUGGCCGUUUGUCCUGAGCAGCUCAGCGAGUUCCUGGACUCGCUGCGACAGUACCUGCGGGGCACCGCUGGGGCCAGGAGCUGCUUCCACCUGCUGUGUCUUCCUGCCCAUCCAGAGACACCCCUCCCCACCCCCAAAACCCAAUCAGGGCCUCAUUCUGCUGCAGCUACAGACUUAGACGCACCAAGCUGCUCCGAUGACCUUCAUCUGUCGCAAAGCAUCGCCGCUGGGAGGCUGUCGGACGGCUUCACCUUCGUGGUCUACGAGUUCUGGGAGACAGAGGAGGAGUGGAAGAGGCACCUGCAGAGCUCCGUGUGCAAGGCGUUCCGGCACAUCAAGGUGGACACGCUGAGCCAGCCGGAGGCCCUCUCCAGGAUCUCGGUGCCAGCUGCCCGGAAUUACAGUCCACACAUGGGUGCUCAACAUCAGUGCCAGGUGUGCAGAGGGUCCGAGAGCUGCCUGGUGCACGGUGGGCCGAGACUGACCUGCUCCCCAACACCCUGCGGAUGAGCCUGGCACCCUCCCUCUCUUCUUAUAAAGGUCGCCCCCUCUUUUCUAGAAACUUUGGUAUAUGAGCGGUCUUUUCCAUAUUCUUUCAAACAAGAAUGUAUUUUCCCACUGUUCGAAGUGAAGGCGAACCCCCUCCCCCCGCAUCCUCACAUCCCCCACUGCACCGGCCUUCUCUGGCCUCACUCCUCGCAGGCCACCCCUCGCCCUCCGUCUCUUCCACUCCUGGUCUACAUUCCUCUACCUGGUCGGAGUCGACACCCUGUAGUGCCCAACCUAGGCCUGUGCCAAGUCUGCACACGGCAGUAGAGCCCACGUAGCCAGUGCCAUACUAGGAAACAGCCGCCGCUGGGAUAAGCACAAAAUAAACUCCCGUUGGGAACCGUCA